AUGGCACAAAUUGCUCUCCCAAAAGCAAGCUACGCCAAAACGGACGUGCAGGAACUUGCCAUUAGCCGCUGGAGAGAGAGAGAUACACCAGGCUUCAUUGUCUCUCAUCAUCUGCAUCUGCGGUCGAUCAGCUGGCGAAAACUUGAGCGGUCGAUCAUACGGGCACCGCGAGCCUGGUCCUCGGGAUCCUUUGGACUCUUCUUCACCUUCUCCUCUCUGCUCUUGACCUUUUCGAAAAAGGCAAAUGACAAGACGAUCGAGCUCAACCCGGCAGGUUCCUUGGACAGAAAGUAUGCAGCCCCCCCAGGCGCCCGAGACAAGGACACGGACCGCCGACCAAAUGAGGCGAACGCCUUGUGCUACCUGCGAUAUGAAGCCAUUCCCGGAACAGUUGAGACAUGGUGA